CUACUAUUUAACUUCCGAGCCUCUUUGGAAACCAGUGCUGCUAGUGCCAGGCGUGCCAGUGGCGUAUCUCUGAACUCAGUGUUCUUCAUUCUAAUCGUAGAGGAACACCAUGUCCACACAAAAGAAGAAGACUAGAAAGUUGCGUGGCCAUGUCAGCCACGGUCACGGCCGUAUCGGCAAGCACAGGAAGCAUCCUGGUGGUCGUGGUAAUGCUGGUGGCAUGCAUCACCACAGAAUCAACUACGACAAGUACCAUCCUGGAUACUUUGGAAAGGUUGGUAUGAGAAACUUCCACGAGAGGAAGAACCAGAAGUUCUGCCCCGCAAUCAAUCUGGACAAGCUGUGGACACUUGUCAGUGAAGACACCAGGUUGGCAUACAAGGACAGCAAAAACAACAAGGCACCAGUUAUUGAUGUUGUUGGAGCUGGCUACUACAAGGUUUUGGGCAAGGGCCGUCUCCCCAAGCAGCCUGUUAUUGUCAGAGCCAAGUUCUUCUCCAAAGUGGCUGAAGAAAAAAUUAAAUCUGUGGGUGGAUGCUGUGUCCUUCAGGCGUAAUGUGUCACGAAUAUUUGUAUGCAUUAAAAAUUGGAAUUAAGUUCCGUAAA